CUCGGCUCAGCUCCACUCUGCUCCCUUUCUCCUCUCUCCCUUCUCCCACUCCCCGGCGCCCUGACUGUCUUGUGCGUGUGCGUGUGUGCGUGUGUAUGUGUGAGUGUGUGUGCUCGGCUUCAGCGUGAGGGGCACCUGCUCGUCUGGGCUGCACAGCAGAGGCUGCCGCGGCUCUGGCUCUCGCGAGCUGCCCCUCCUGCUACUGCUGCUGUUUCUGCUGCCGCCGCCGCCGCCGCCGCUCCCGGGGCUCCCGGCGCCAGUCUCCUCGCCGCUGCCGCUGCUACCGCCGCCGUGCGAGUGAGUUGGGAUCGGUGGGGCUUCCCCCCUUCGCUGCCUUGCUCCUUCCCCGCCUGCCUGCGAGUCAGUCUGGCUCCGAGUCACGUGUCAGUGCCUGAGGCAGAGACUGAGAGGAAAAAAAAGCGCUUCAUUCCUUCUUCCACCGCCAUACUGUAUUUUAUACUAAAUCUCAUUUUUAUUCCAACAUUUUACUCCCGCUCGAUACGAAAAGUAAGAACUGAAGCCAAAAUUAGAACAUUUGUUUCCCAGUCCUCUGCUGAAUCCAUUGAACUACUCUGUCUCCUAGCAAUAGAAUGCCCACAGGUGAUGUAUGGGUUAAAACAACGUGAGACAACCAUGACUGGCAAAACACAGACCAGCAACGUCACUAAUAAGAAUGAUCCCAAAUCCAUCAAUUCCCGUGUUUUCAUUGGCAAUCUGAAUACAGCAAUUGUCAAAAAAGGUGACAUAGAAGCCAUCUUCGCAAAGUAUGGGAAAAUAGUUGGAUGCUCGGUGCAUAAAGGUUAUGCAUUUGUACAAUAUAUGAGUGAACGACAUGCCAGGGCUGCAGUGGCAGGAGAAAAUGCCAGGAUCAUUGCAGGUCAACCACUUGAUAUCAACAUGGCUGGAGAACCAAAACCCUAUAGACCCAAACCUGGAAACAAGAGGCCCCUGUCAGCUCUUUACAGACUGGAAUCAAAGGAGCCAUUCCUGUCUGUUGGUGGUUAUGUCUUUGAUUACGAUUACUACAGGGAUGAUUUCUACAAUCGGUUGUUUGAUUAUCAUGGGCGAGUCCCCCCACCUCCCCGAGCAGUGAUACCCCUGAAACGUCCCCGUGUGGCUGUGACAGCAACUCGUCGAGGCAAAGGUGUUUUUUCCAUGAAAGGGGGAUCAAAAUCUACAUCAAGUGGGACUUCUUCUUCAGGAUCAAAAUUGAAAUCAGAUGAGUUACAGACAAUCAAGAAAGAAUUAACCCAAAUCAAAACUAAAAUUGACUCCUUGCUAGGGAGACUGGAGAAGAUUGAAAAGCAGCAGAAGGCUGAGGCAGAAGCUCAGAAGAAGCAAAUGGAAGAUAACAUAGAGUUGAACCAAGAGGAAUGUGUAUCAGAGACUGCAGAUAACUCUACAGAAGAACCUGUUGAAGGAGGACCAGAUGCUGAUGGAGAUGGAGAAGAGAUGACUGAUGGGAUAGAGGAGGACUUCGAUGAAGAUGGAAGUAAUGAGCUGUUUCUACAGAUAAAGUGAUCUGAAGUCAUAUAUGAUGCCUGUAUAUGAUGAAAAGAGAAACUGUGACCACCCUCCCCCAGAAAUGUGAACUGCGGUUUCUUACUGAAUAGCAACAUCUUCAAUCAAAUUUGUAUGAAAACUCAAGUAAACAAAAUGGACGUUAUUGUUCUACCUUAGAAACUCCAUUUCUUAUAUGUUUUGAGCUGUACAAUUGUCAGAUUUUUAUGGUUUAGAUUGUAAAGUGUGCUUUUUUUUUUUUUUCUGGCAAAUGAUUGGUCUAUUUUUUUUUUUUUUAUUUUGAUGUCUUAAAGGCCAGUGUACUGUAUGAUAAUGUGAAGGACAUAUAUAAAAGGUAAGGGAGACACUGUAUACAAAUGUAUAUUUGUAAAAGCUAUUUUUAUGAUUAGCAUGUUUUGCUGUUUAUUAUAUUUAAAGUCAGGUGAUAUCGCAAUUAUCUGUUUAAAGCUUAAUUCUAACAAUAUCAUGUUAUGAUUAGACAUGUUGUAUGCUAGUUCUCAUUACUUUUCAUUUUUAGACUUUCUAGUUAAAACUUCAGUUCAUAAGCAUAAAAUACCAAUGCAAAGUUAUAUUUCUGUUCUCUAUAUGCACUGUUGAGAAAUGCUGAAGAAUGCAAAUUUUUCAAACAAGAUAUGAAUCAUUCAAGCUUAUCAUUUUCACCUGAUGUCUUUAAAAUGAGCAUGCUCAGCUCCCCUAAUCAGGGACAAGCCAAUUAUUAACAAUCUUUCUGAGUGAUACCUCAGUCAGAGGUACAGACUCACCCUAAGAAAUAACCAUACCAGUGCAAAUGAUAUCCCCAUUUCCUCUCAAGUGAAAUGACAGUUCUUUCCUCAAAUCCAAAAUUUUAAAUGAGAUUUGACACUUCAUUCAUCUUCUGAUCAUAGGAGAUUUCCAUUAUUCAGUAUCCCAAAUGUUCUCCAGAUGCUAUAGCUAUUGUCUUGUGCUAUGGACAUGGAAGAGUCCAUGUUUACAGAGACUGUAGGAGAAUUCAACAUAUAAUUUCUUAAUAAAUAUUGUUUCUUUUCAAACAAA